AUGGACGAGAAACACAGUAGGACUUUAAAACGCAGUGGUUUGUUCUUCGGAACGACCUUCAUUUGCAUCGGCGCUUUAGUCGCUGCGUUGGUUUUGGCAGUUGUGGCCCAAAGAGAAGCUGUCGCUCCAAAAACUGGACCUAAAACUUACUCAACAGUUGCCACUGGCCGUUAUGCUGACGCUGAGUUCCCAAGAAUACAAUCUAGCUGUAACAGCACUGAAGUAGAGUUCCUAUCGAAGGCUUUCGAUGAAACGAUCGAAGCAACUAGCUACGCAAUGAGCGUGCUAACUUCCAACGACAGCGUUGUAGAGUCAGAGGUAUACAAGCGUUGGUUCGGAGACGGAAAGCUAUACGAGGUAAUGGGCGUUGUGGAAGGUAUCGCCAAUGUGUCAAAGACGUCUUUGCUUCUACGUUGCGACGAUGCUGAUGGUCUUUGCAAAAAAUAUCAAAACUACUACGCAGGGCACCAUCGUGAAGACCACCCAUACGAGACAGUGAUUUGUGACUACUUUUACGAAGCUCGUGUGCCACUCAGCGCUAUGUGCACCAAAGGUAACCUUACGCAGUACGGACCAAAGAAAUAUUACGGAAUUGAUAUGCUGCAUCGUUAUUUCCACGUUCCAUCGAUUACCCAGAACGAGUUCAUUUCUGAGUUCACUGAGGAACUUAAUGAGACUUUAGCAUUGGCUAAGGACAACUCCUCCUUUGCCGUCAGAAACGUUGACAACUACCUCUAUUUUUUGGCUGACUUGUGGGGCAACAAAGUCAAGAAAGGCGGAUGCUUCGACAACUGA